AUGCCGCCGGAGCUGGCCUCUCGUCAGGCCGUGCAGCCAUGGAUGAUCAUCAUGUCUGUCUUCCUGGCGUCCGGGUCGGGCCUGUGGUACCAACUGGGCACCAUCGGGGGCGGAGCGGGUCAGCAGUCGGCCAGCUUGGCGGCAGACACGCUGAGCAGGGCCUGGCAAGAGGGCACCGACCCCGGUGUGGCGUUUGACGAGGCCCGGGCACGAUCGAGCGAGGUGUUGGAGGACGUGCUGCAGAGCCAGCUGGGGCUUUUUUUCCUCUGCAGCCUCUUCCUCUCCACCUAUGCACUGGGUGCCCUGGUCACAAAGGCCCUCUUCCUGGGUCAGCUGACCAUCCUGGAGACGACAAAACUGGCGGAGCGCAUGCUCAAGUUUGUCAUGCUCAAGGUCGUCUUCCUGGGCGCGGUGGUGGACCCGGAGCCGCACGAGCUGGGUACCUGGCUGCUCUGGUUCUCGGUCAUGGCCUUCUUCCGCGCCUUUGUGGGCCUGGCCCGCGACCGCUGCGAGGCGUUGUUGUCCUCCCCCCGCGCCACGCCGCUGCAGCACGCGCGCUGCCUGGUGCUGCUGGUGGGCAUCCUGGGCCAGGCCGGGUCCUGGGUGGCUUCCUACGCCGCCGCCGCCGACCCCAGCCGCCCCAGCGCCGCGCUGUCCCACGCCCUGCUCUGGCUCUUCGAUGCGGUCUGCGUGGCCAUCGAGGCCGCCCAUGCCGUGCUCAAGUACGGCGUGCACGCCGUGGAGCGCUGGAAGGCGCAGCGCGCCGAGGCCGCCGGCGCCGACCCAGCGACGGGCUGGGAGGGGCGCGGCCCCUUCCUCUACCACGUGGAGGUGGGCGUGGACCUGGUGCUGCACGCGCUGACCCUGGGCCACUACUGCCACCUCUGGUGGCUGCACGGCUUCCGCCUCCAGCUCAUCGACGCCGUGCUCUUCCUGGACGUGCGGUACCUAGUGAUGGGCACGCUGCGCCGGGUGCGCGGGUAUGCGCGGUACCGCCGCCUGACGCACCAGCUGCAGCACAGCUUCCCGCCCCUCCCGCGGCGCAGCGGCAGCGCCUCCUCCUCCACGGAGCGAGGCGGGGGCGAGGGUACCGGUGGGGACUCCGGCGGCGGUGCGUCGGCCGGCGUGGCGUUGGCCGGUCGGGGGCCGCACUGUUCCCCCGCCAGCUCUGCGCUCAGACCAGGGGCUGGGCUGGGAGAGGGGGCGGCGUUGAGCGCCAACGCACCGCACACGCUGACGGAGCAGCUGGCCACCGCCUCCUUCCGAUCCCUGUCCGCCACCUUCUCCACAAAUAGUGUGGCACAACGAGGCGCCUCGCACUCGCAGCACCCGCAUGAGCAGGAGGAGGUGGCCAGCCCGGCGCCCAGCAGCAUGAGCUGCCGGCUGUCAGGCGCUCGGCAUCGAUACGGCACCCGCUCACAGAGCGCCGCGCCGCAGUGA